CGCAGUGACCUCUCUUCUCCACUCACCAUGCUGGGGCCACAGCUGCUGCUGCUCCUGUCCUGUGGGGGCACCCUGCUCUGCACCGGUCUGGACCACACCUCCUUUGCCCACCCAGGCCUCCAGGGGCCAAAGGACUCGUCACAAACAGCUCCGGGCAGGGGCUGGUGCUCCACAUGGGGGGCUGGCCACUUCUCCACCUUCGAUGGCCACAUGUAUGACUUUGAGGGGACCUGCAACUAUGUCUUCGCGGCCAUCUGUGAGGACACCUCGCCCACCUUCAGUGUCCAGCUGAGGCGAGAACCUGGUGGCAACAUCUCCAGGGUCAUUGUGGAGCUGGGGUCCUCUGCGGUCACUGUGCGGCAGGGGGGCGUCUCCGUCAGAGACGUGGGGGCCGUCAGCCUGCCCUACACCAGCAACGGGCUGCAGAUCACCCCCUUUGGCCAGAGUGUUCGGCUGGUGGCGAAGCAGCUGGAGCUGGAGCUGGUGGUGGUAUGGGACCCAGGCACCCACCUCAUGGUGCUGGUGGAGGACAAGCACAGGGGCAGGAUGUGCGGGCUCUGCGGGAACUUCGACGGCCGGAGGACCAACGAGUUUCUGAGCGAGGACGGCGAGCUCCUGGAGCCCCACAAGUAUGUGGCCCUGCAGAGGCUGGACGACCCCAACGAGAUCUGCGCCCACAAGGCCGUCCCCAGCCCCCGGGUCCUACGGGCAGAGCAUGCCCGGACCUGCACCCAGCUGCUGACCCUGGUGGCCCCCGAGUGCAAUGUGCCCACGGAGCCCUUCCUGCAGAGCUGCCAGGCAGACUUGGCCGCCUGUGCCCAGCCAGGCCAGCAGAGCUGCGGCUGCGCCACACUGUCCGAGUACUCACGCCAGUGCAGCCUGGCCGGCCAGCCCGUCAGCCGCUGGCGGGGCCCCAGCCUCUGCUCCCUGGGCCCAUGCCCGGCCAACCAGGUGUACCAGGAGUGUGGCGAGGCCUGCGUCAAGACCUGCUCCAACCCACAGCACAGCUGUGCCAGCUUCUGCACCUUUGGCUGCUUCUGCCCAGAAGGUAUGGUUCUUGACGACAUUUCAACAAACCUCACCUGCGUGCCACUUGCCCAGUGCCCCUGCACGCUCGGCGGGGUGGCCUACGCCCCCGGCGAGGUCACUGCGGACGCCUGCCGCACCUGCCAGUGCACCAUGGGACGCUGGAAAUGCGAGGAGCGGCCCUGCCCCCGGAGCUGUGCCCUGGAAGGCGGUUCUUUUGUGACCACGUUCGACGCCAGGCCCUACCGCUUCCAUGGGACGUGCACCUACGUCCUCCUCCAGAGCCCACAGCUCCCCGACGGGGGCUCCCUCUUGGCCGUGUACGACAAGUCUGGGUACUCGCACUCGGAGACCUCCCUGGUCGCACUCAUCUACAUGUCCAGCCAGGACAAAAUUGUGAUUUCCCAAGACGAGGUGAUCACCAACAAUGGAGACACCAAGUGGCUACCAUACAAGACCGGCAACAUCACGGUGUUCAGGCAGACGUCCACCCACCUCCAGAUGGCCACCACCUUCGGGCUGGAGCUCGUGGUGCAGCUGCAGCCCGUGUUCCAGGCGUACAUCACAGCCGAGCCCCAGUUCAGAGGCCAGACCAGAGGGCUCUGCGGCAACUUCAACGGGGACACGACAGACGACCUCAGGAGCAGCGUGGGGGUCGCCGAGGGCACCGCCUCGCUCUUCGUGGACUCCUGGCGGGCCGGGAACUGCCCCGCUGCCCUGGAGCGCGAGACCGACCCCUGCUCCAUGAGCCAGCUCAACAAGGUGUAUGCGGAGACCCACUGCGCAGCACUGGUGAGCAAGGGGACGGUGUUCGAGAAGUGCCAUGGUGCGGUGAACCCCAAGCCCUUCUACAAGAGGUGUGUGUACCAGGCCUGCAACUACAAGGAGACCUUCCUGCACGUCUGCGCCGCACUGGGGGCCUACGCCCACACGUGUGCCGCUCGGGGUGUCCUGCUCUCGGGCUGGAGAAGCAGCGUGGACAACUGCACCAUCCCCUGCACGGGCAACCAGACAUUCAGCUAUGACAGCCGGGCCUGCGGCCAUACAUGCCUCUCACUGUCCAACCGCGCAGCCGAGUGCCACCCCAGCACCGCUCCCGUGGAAGGCUGUAACUGCCCAGAGGGCACCUACCUCAACCACAAAGCUGAGUGUGUGCGCAAGGCCCAGUGUCCCUGCCUCCUGGACGACCACAAGCUCGUCCUGGCCGGCCAGUCCACCAUGGUCAAUGGCGUCAUCUGCUACUGCAUAAACGGGAGGCUGAGCUGCCCCAGGCAGCCACAGAUGCUCCUGGCUGCCUGUUUGGCCCCCAAGACGUUCCAAUCCUGCAGCCAGUCCUCAGAGAGCAAGUUUGGGGCAGCCUGUGCCCCCACCUGCCAGAUGCUGGCCACUGGCAUCCCCUGUGUGCCCACCAAGUGUGAGCCCGGCUGCGUCUGCACCGAGGGCCUCUACGAGAACGCCAGCGGGCACUGUGUGCCCCCUGAGGAGUGCCCAUGCGAAUUUGCGGGGGCUUCAUACCCCCGAGGCGCUGAGCUCCACACCGACUGUAAGACCUGCACCUGUUCGAGGGGCAGGUGGACGUGCCAGGACAGUGUCCGCUGCUCGUCCACCUGCACCCUCUACGGCGAGGGCCACGUGGUCACCUUCGACGGGCAGCGCUUCGUGUUCCAGGGCAACUGCGAGUACAUCCUGGCCACGGACGGCUGUGGCACCAACGGCUCCCGGCCCACCUUCAAGAUCCUGACGGAGAAUGUGGUGUGCGGGAAGUCGGGCGUCACCUGCUCCCGGGCCAUCAGAGUCUCCCUGGGGGGCCUGUCCAUUGUGCUGGCGGACAGAAACCACACAGUCAGCGGGGCUGAGCCCCACGUGCACUUCCGGGUCAAGGCCGGCUCCCUGCACCUGCAGCUGGACAUCACCAUCAGCAGCAGCUACAACCUGACCCUUAUCUGGAACAAGCACAUGACCAUCUCCAUCAAGCUCUCGCGUGCCACACAGGACACCCUCUGCGGCCUGUGUGGCAACUACAACGGGAACAUGAAGGACGACUUUGAGACGCGCGGCAAGUACGUGGUACCCAGCGAGCUGGAGUUCGUGAACUCGUGGAAGGAGAGCCCGCUGUGUGGGGACACCAGCUUCGUGCUGGACCCCUGCAGCGUGAAUGUCUUCCGCCACACCUGGGCCGUGCAGAAGUGCAGCAUCAUCAACAGCCAGACCUUCGCCGCCUGCCACAGCCAGGUGUACCACCUGCCCUACUACGAGGCCUGCGUGCGUGAUGCGUGUGGCUGCGACACCGGUGGGGACUGUGAGUGUCUGUGCGACGCCGUGGCUGCCUACGCCCAGGCCUGCCUGGACAAGGGCGUGUGCGUGGACUGGAGGACCCCCGACUUCUGCCCUAUCUACUGCGACUUCUACAACACGCACGUGCAGGUGGGCACCGGCCAGUUCCAGUACACCCGGGAGGCCAACUGCACAUGGCACUACCAGCCGUGCCUCUGCCCUCAGCACCUGCAGAGCCUCCCAGACGCCAACAUCGAAGGUUGCUACAACUGCUCCCAGGACGAGUACUUCGACCACGACACGGGGACCUGCAUGCCAUGCAUGCUGCUGCCUACCACGCCACCACCACUGCCACUACCCACCACAGAAGCCAAGCCUACCACAGCCACCCCCAGAACCACUGGCCUCCUCAGCUCCACUGCACCCUCAGCCAGCUCGUCCCCCACACCUGGGACCCCCAGGACAGGCUUCACACCCACAGCCACGGUAACAGCCACGGCCACAGCCUCAGCACCCUCCUCUGCCCAGGCACGAACAGCCCUGACCACCCAGACAGGACGCACCGUCUCUGCUGGAGAGUCACCUCAAACCACCUCCGCCAUCACCACGCAAGCGACAUCACCUCUGGCCCCCACCACCACUCCCAGGUCAACAGCAAAAGGACCGACCGUGACACAGGCCGCAAAACAGACCACAGGACCGCUGCUCAGCACAGCUACACGGUCCACAGCUCGGUCCACAGUGCGCACCACAGCGGCAAGGCCAACCCCAACACCACCACGAACGGCCACAGGGCCACCCAGAACACCCACAGGACCAUCCACCGCGGCCACCCCACCAGAGCACACGACAAAUGAGCACCCCACCGAAACCACAGGCUACGAGACGCGACCUACGGACCCGUCGGGGUCGCCGGGCACAGCACCCGGCCGGAGUCCAGAGCCCACAACCCAACGUGCACACCCCGUCACAGCCACCGGCACCUCUCCACACGCCCCACUCACCUCUCCCUCCUCCCACUCGGGUUCCAUUCCCACCUCCUCCCACUCCACAGGGCCCGCCAAGGGAACCUCAUCCCGGACCACCACCUCCUCGCCCACCGCAUCUCACUCCAGGACGACCCAAUCCACCCGGGUCCCGAACUCGGACACCUCCUCCAUCACUCCUACAUCCCACAGACUUAUCACCCCCACCCGGCCACACACCCACUCUCCUAACCCGUCCACUGCCACACCCACGGGCACCUCUCGGCCCUCUACCCACGCCCCUGUCUCAGGCACAGUGCUGCCGCCCUCCACUCCCCCAGGGACAGAAACCACCACCAGAACCACGCAGGCCCCUCACUCUGUCAGCACAGACAAAGCUUCCACCUCCCUCCCGUCACACCCUUCUGCCCCCGUCCACUCAGGGACCAGCUCCAGGCCACACACCACCACGCAACCCCUGCCCACCCACAGUGGAACGGGAACCUCCGCCCCACACACGGCCAGCACCCCACACACCCCACUCACCUCUCCCUCCUCCCACUCGGGUUCCGAUUCUACCUCCUCCCACUCCACAGGGCCCGCCAAGGGAACCUCAUCCCGGACCACCACCUCCUCGCCCACCGCAUCUCAGUCCAGGACGACCCAAUCCACCCGGGUCCCGAACUCGGACACCUCCUCCAUCACUCCUACUUCCCACAGACUUAUCACCCCCACCCGGCCACACACCCACUCUCCUAACCCGUCCACUGCCACACCCACGGGCACCUCUCGGCCCUCUACCCACGCCCCUGUCUCAGGCACUGUGCUGCCGCCCUCCACUCCCCCAGGGACAGAAACUACCACCAGAACCACGCAGGCCCCUCAUUCUGUCAGCACAGACAAAGCUUCCACCUCCCUCCCGUCACACCCUUCUGACCCCGUCCACUCAGGGACCAGCUCCAGGCCACACACCACCACGCAACCCCUGCCCACCCACAGUGGAACGGGAACCUCCGCCCCACACACGGCCAGCACUCCACACACCCCACUCACCUCUCCCUCCUCCCACUCGGGUUCCGAUUCCACCUCCUCCCACUCCACAGGGCCCGCCAAGGGAACCUCAUCCCGGACCACCACCUCCUUGCCCACCGCAUCUCACUCCAGGACGACCCAAUCCACCCGGGUCCCGAACUCGGACACCUCCUCCAUCACUCCUACUUCCCACAGACUUAUCACCCCCACCCGGCCACACACCCACUCUCCUAACCCGUCCACUGCCACACCCACGGGCACCUCUCGGCCCUCUACCCACGCCCCUGUCUCAGGCACAGUGCUGCCGCCCUCCACUCCCCCAGGGACAGAAACCACCACCGGAACCACGCAGGGUGACUACCUGGUCAGCACUGUGCACGCCUCCACCUCCCUUUGCUGUUCCAGCCACAUCUCGGGUCCCGCCCCACUCCGCCCCUUCGCCCAGCCACUCUGCGUCCUCUGCUCCAGCCACAAGCAGGCCUCCUUCCGCGUCUCCCUCCGGAGCGUCCUCCCACACGUCCCCUUCUACUAA